AUGUCGAAUGCGGUACUCCCCACUCGGAGAAGAUCAAACAGUCGAUCGUAUUGGCAAAAUGCCAAACCAACCCCAAGCAUCAACGCAACCCAAAAUGUCCAGCCCCACCCUUCCAUUCUCGGACUCGCACUCUUCAUAGACGCCGUGGCGCUCACACUUCCAACCGUGCUUGUAGCCUCGAUCAUAUUAGAAAUGACAACCACAGUACUCGUAACAUUGCUCGCAGGCUUUGUGCUCAACACACUCCCUGUACUUGAAACACUCCCCAACACUGCUCCAACGGAUCUGGCGGGGACGACAGAGGUGAAAUUAUCAGCUCGUGCAAAGACAUUAUUUUUAUUUGAAGGAGAUACAGGUGCGACAGCGUUUGUAACGGUUGGGAGGAGAGAGGUCGAUGAUAUAGAGCGAGACGAGGUAGAAGAGGUUCGGCUCGUGCUGGUGACUUUCGAGGAUAAUGCAGAGGCUGAAAGCCAUGAGAGUUUUGAGGAAGAUGAAGAGGAGCUGGAAAUGAAUUGGGCAGCUUGGGUCGAUUUGGUAUUAGACACUGAUGACGAUGGUGAGAGACUUGGGCUUUUGGAGCUGAAAACUGGUACAGUUGAGCUCGUAUGUAUGGUGCCUGUAGAUGUGAGUUUUAUGCUUGAGCUGGUAGACGUCGAUUUCAGACUUGUGCUUGGGACAUUGCUCGUAAAUUUGGUAGAGCUGACUAGGGACAUUUGUCGGGAGGUCGAUGCCAACGUUGCAGCUGUGCCGCUUGAUAAAACCAGUAGUGGCGUUGAUAACAAGAGUUGCGCGCUGAAGCCAAAACUCAAUAUCGAUGUAGAAGAUAGAAGCAGGUUGAUGCUAGAGCUUGUCCCCCGCACGAUAACAGAGGUUAAAUCAGAGGGCAGCACUGGCAAUACGGACGAAGAUGUCAGGGUGGGGGCCACACCAAGGGUGGAACUUAACAAUAGAAGUGGUAAGACACUAGAACUUGUCACUGACAAGCUAAGAGACGUAGUGCUAGAUAGCAGGAAUUGCGGAGUAGACGACGAAGUCAGGGAGGAAGCUGCACCAAGGAUGGAAAUCGACACUAAGCUACUUGAUGACGAUGAUAACAUCGAGGCUGGAACAGCAGCGGUCGUGAAGCUUGAGAAUGUUGAGAUUGGUGUCGACGUUCCGCUAGGCACAGAGCUUAACAGCGACAAAACUGGACUCAACGUCGAGGUGGUAGCAACCUGGCUAGUUACCGAAAUCGACGUUGAUAUCAAUUCCACAGUCGUCAUCGUCGCAGCUGCAACCAGACUACUACUCUUCGAUAUCUCUUCAGAUGCAGAACUCGAAGCCGCCGUUGUCGAACUCGCCUUAGGAACCUUAGUAUAA